GCGGAGCCACCGCUGGGGCGUGAGUGACCUGGGAAGGGGCCACGUCCGCGUCUUGCCGCCGGCUGCCAGGCAGGGGCCAUGGGCCGCCCGUGCCCUGCGCGGCGGCUCCGCGCGCUAUUGCUGCUUCUCGCGCUGCUGCCGCCGCUCGCCCGCGCCUGGGACAGCGGCGACCUGGAGCUUUUCGACCUGGUGGAGGAGGUGCCGCAAAACUUCUACGGCUUCCUGGGGCUGCCGCAGGAUGCUUCAUCUGCAGACAUUAGGAAAGCAUAUCGCAAGCUUUCACUAACUUUACACCCAGACAAGAACAAAGAUGAAAAUGCAGAAACCCAGUUUAGACAAUUGGUGGCUAUCUAUGAGGUUUUAAAGGAUGAAGAGAGAAGAAAGAGGUAUGAUGAUAUUCUGAUCAAUGGACUACCAGAUUGGCGACAGCCUGUAUUCUACUACAGGCGGGUGAGAAAAAUGAGCAAUGCUGAGCUGGCAUUACUCUUGUUCAUUAUUCUCACAGUGGGUCAUUAUGCUGUGGUUUGGUCAAUCUACCUGGAAAAACAACUGGAUGAACUGCUUAGCAAAAAAAAGAGAGAUAAGAAGAAAAAGACAGGAGGCAGGAGUACAGAUGAAGUAAAACUUGGGGCUGCUGACAAAAACGAAAGAUCAUUGGAAAAACCACAGUGGCGUGAUUUGCUUCCGUGCAAGCUGGGAAUUUGGUUCUGUCUUACUGUAAAAGCAUUACCUCAGCUGUUGCAGGAUGCCAGACAAUUAUAUGUAGAAUAUAAAGAAACAAAAAUGAAGGCGAGAGAAGAUGCCCUGGCUAGAGCUGAACUUGAAACACUUCCGAAGGAGAAGAAACCUAAAGUCAAGAAACCAAAGUCUGAAUUCCCUAUAUAUACUCCUUCAGACUCCAAUGCAUAUAUACCAUCAUAUGAACAUGGAGCUUCUAUUGAAGAGAUUGAGGAACAGAUGGAUGAUUGGCUGGAGAAUAAGAACAGAACAUACAAAAAAAAGGCACCUGAAUGGACAGAAGAGGACCUUAGCCAGCUGACAAGAAGUAUGGUUAAGUUCCCAGGGGGGACCCCAGGUCGAUGGGAAAAGAUUGCUCACGAAUUGGGUCGAUCAGUGCCAGAUGUUACCAUGAAGACCAAGCAACUGAAGGAAUCUGUUACACAUACUCCAGGAAUUGUUAGACUCUCUGAGCUUAAAAACUUGGCCCAGAAUUCCAGAAAUGCCAAAACCAACAUGGAUUUGCCAGACCAUAUAAUUACGCAGCGAGAAAUAGAUGAGGAGAAGGAGGAGGAGGAGGAGAACUAUAAUCGUGACCCAGAACAGAUGGUUAUUCCAGCAGAUCACAGAGAGACCAUGACAAGCGAAACCAGACACCGCAAGCGAAAAACAGCCAAAGCAUCUGAAAUAACUCUAGCAACGAUGAAAGAGGUGGCAGAAGAUAAAUGCAGGGGAAAGCGUCAGAGAGACUUUGACUACACAGAACAGGAUGAAUAUAGCGAUGAGGAGACCAGAAAAAAAGAGAAAAGCCACAAUUCCGAAGAAUUGUGGACUCAAAAUCAACAGAAACUUCUUGAACUAGCCUUACAGCAGUAUCCAAAGGGAACAUCAGACCGCUGGGAUAAGAUAGCAAAAUGCGUCCCAGGAAAAAGUAAGGAAGAGUGUGUGGCAAGAUACAAGUUGCUUGUUGAACUGGUACAAAAGAAGAAAAUGGCUAAAAGCUGAAUCUUCUGAGCAAAAGAGUUUUAUUUCUAUUUUUCAGAAUGAGAUUAUAUUUUAAAUCUCAUAUGCAGAAGUUUGCAUUUUUGUACCGCAGUAUUUCUAUGUCAUGUGCCUUAGUAAACGAAAAUAUCAAUAAAUUUUAUGCCAUCUUGCUUAACCAUUUUCGGUGUUAAAGAAUUUAAAUGUAUUUUUGUUUUGGGGAGAUAUUUAUAAAGACAUCUUAUUGCAGAUGUCUUGGUAAUUGAGGAUCUUCUUAAAGAUCUACCAUAGUUUAUUGCAUGAUGACUUCAGUAUGAAUGAAUGUGCAGGUUAUAAAGGGUAAAAGGUCUAACCUUUAAGGAGGCAAAAGAAAUCUGUUAGCUGCUCUGAAAAUUUAAACAUGAGAUUGUUGAAAAAAUCUUUUAAGAUUUUUCUUUAUAGACACACUACACAUAUGCACGUAUAUCUGCAUAUGUACAUACAAUGUGUGUACAUUUAUAUGAAUGUACACAUACUAUUUAAAAAUGUGUACAUUUGUUAUAUAUUUGAAAGCUAUGAACUUCACAUGUAUUCAUAUGUCUAUUAUGCCUGCUAUACAAUUGCUCUUUCAAAUAUCUUACAUGAGAAUAUACAGCAGGGGUUCUCAAGCUGGGGGUCGGGACCCCUCAGGGGGUCACAAGAUUAUUACAUGGGGGGUCGCAAGCAGUCAGCCUCCACCCCAAACCCUGCUUUG